GCAGGUUCACCCUUUGUCCCCGUGUCACUGCUGCCUCCAGUGUCCGGGAAGGAUAAACAGGGGAGGUCAGUGUCUCAGGUUGCCUGCCCUACAGACAGUACCCAGGCACCAGCCACAGUGGAGCGAGGGUUGGCGCCAUGGCUGCUCCUGUGGGCUUCCUGCUGCUCUGGGGUCUCACCCUGGGCCCAGCGAGCGAGGCGGCCACAAUGGUUGAAACCUGGCCCAGCCUCUGGGCAGAGUCGGCCUUGCCGCUGAAGCCCUGGGCCCAGCUGCAGCUGACCUGCCGCGCGCGCCUGGCGACCCUGGAGUUCCAGCUGCUCAAGGACGGGGUGGCCCUGGAGCACGUGCGCCUUGACUUCCCCGCCAUUGCCCACCAGUUUGUGCUGGGUGAGGUGACCAGGGACAACCGGGGCCUCUACCACUGCCGCGCCGGUCUGGGUUCGGGGUGGACCCAGCUGAGCGGCCUCGUGGAGGUGACGGGCACAGAGCCCUUGCCCCCGCCCCGGCUCUCGGCUGAGCCGGUGUCCUGGAUAACACCCGGCCUGAACUCCACCCUGCGGUGCCGUGCGGCCUGGCACAGUGCGACCUUCCUGCUAAGGCGAGAAGGUGACCAGGCAUCUCCUGUGGUGGCCGAGGGCGGAGAGGACGGAGAAGCCACUUUCCCGGUCCACCGGGCUGGCAACUACAGCUGCAGCUACCAGACCCAUGCUGCGGGGAGCCUCUCUGUGCCCAGCGACACGGUGACCAUCGAGGAGCUAGCCGUGCCCCCGCCGCCGGCGCUGGAGUUCAGGGGCGAGGACGCGAGGGUUCUGCGCCCCGGCGAGCGCGCAUCCUUGCAGUGUGUGGCGCCCGUGAGCAGCGCGGACUUCGAGCUGCGGCGGCGCGGGGAGGCCCUGCGGGUGCCCAUGAGCAGCACCAGCCCCGACCGCGUCUUUCUUGGCCUGAACUGGGCCGAGGCCGACGGCGGCCCCUAUACCUGCCGCUACCGGCCUCUCCGCGCGGAAGUGGCCUGGUCGGCUGACAGCGCGCCUGUGCAGCUGGUGCGCAGCGACGGGUCGCUACCUGCGCCCGACCUCAGUGCCGACCCUGCCGGCCCGCGCCCCGUGCCCGGCUCCCUACUGCGCCUGCGCUGCCGCACGCCCAGGCUCGGGCUGCUCGUGGCGCUGGAGCGCGAGGACGCGCGUGGGCGCCGGCUGCUGGCCCUGCUGCGGCCUGCUCAUGCCGAGGCGGAGUUCGAGCUGCGCGACGUCUCUGUGGCGGACUCGGCCAAUUACAGCUGCAUCUACGUGGACCCUGAGCUUCCCUUCGUGGGCUCCGCGCCCAGCGCUCGCCUGCAGCUGCGGGUGGACGGUGACCCCGUCCCACCCUGCCCAGGGCCUCCGCCCGCGCCGCGGCUCCGGGUCUUGGGGCCGCCGGUGACCCCGGGCCGCGACGCCGUCCUGCGCUGUGAGGGCUCCGUGCCCGGCGUGGUCUUCGAGCUGCUGCGUGCGGGCGAGGAGGAGGCCGUGGUGAGCGCCAGCUCCGCGAGCGCCGCUGCCGACCUGGUGCUGACCGCCGCUGGGUCCGGGCAUGCGGGCAACUACAGCUGUCGCUACCGCGCAUGGGGACCCGUGGCCUUCGAGUCGCCUUGGAGUGACCCGGUGGAGCUCCAGGUGGCAGGAAGCUGAGCCGCCCGUGACCCAGGGUGUGUGGUACCCUUGGGAAACGUGGGCUUUCCGGUUCCCCCUUCCUCCCAGGAGUCAAUAAACGCCGGCAAAGACUGUU